UGGUCAUGACUUGACGGGGAAUAAAAGGGUAUACAACAGGCAACAAUUUCUUAUAUUCAAGAAAAGCAAUAAAAAAUUUAGUAUUGAAAAAAAAAUUCUAGCUUUUUUUUUUUUCUAAUUUUUUUUUAGCUGGGGAAAAUUUUAUAUUGGUCAUGCUAUUAAUUAGUAUAAAAUAAUUAAGGAAUAAAUUAUUGUUUACUCUUAAGGAAAGCUACUUUUCGGGAAAAAAAAAAUUAAACAUUCCAAAAUGAUUUUGUUUGUACUUUCUAACGUGUUUUAUAAUCAUUUUCUAAUAGGGCGUUGUGUAGUUUACCUGUUAUUUUUCUUUUUAACGAGUGGAGAGGUGCUGAUCACUUGCAUUGGGAUUUAGGAAGCAUUAUAAAUGAACAAUUUUAAGGAAUGUGGAUUUUUAAGUGGAGCCUAAUAUGUCUAUAGACACCUCAACAUAAAUGUGAAGUGAACCCAAUUUUUUUUUACUGUUCACGAUGACUUCCAGGAAGAGAAGUGGCUCUGGGUCAAAAAGACAGCUGAAAGAGAAAGUUGUCCAGAUAUAUGAAUCAUUUUUUAAGGGAGAAGAUCCAACAUUGGGUAAUCCUAACUUUUGGGAUGAAUUUUUCCUUCUGAAACCCAAGGUGGCUAGCCUGGAGGCAGAAAUACAGAAGUUAAGUGCUGACCAAUGGUUGUCUGUGAAGGAGAGCAUAAACAUGCUCUUUCGGCAGUGUGUCGCCACACUAGGGCAUGAUCACAACAUACGUGUGGUCUAUGCCAUGCAGACACUCUGUGCUCUCGUACAAAUUGUUUUCAAGAAAACGUCUGGAGAGUUUGGGUUCGACAUCAUCAAUAUGUUGAUAGGUUUUGAGGUGGCAGAGAAGAUGAUGCAGUCGUUGCUGGACCACUGCAACGGCUUCCUUACAGGAAAGUACCCCGACAGCCUAAAGGCGCUCUGCCUAAAGCUCCUCUUGGUGCUGGUGACUGGCACGGAGAAUGUAAGCCAGAAUACGCUGCUCGAAUAUGUGAUGAUGAACAGUGUCUUCGAAGCCCUUAUACAGUUGCUGUGCGAGCCGGCAACGAGAGUCCUGCACGGCCAUGACACGGUGCUGCUGCUGACUUUGCUGGUGAACUAUCGCAAGCACGAGGCUGCCAACCCGUACAUAGUCAAGCUCUCCAUCCUGGACAACGAGCUGGCCCUGAACGGAUAUGGCCAGGUGAUAACAGCGUGCCUGACGGACUUCUGCCGCCAGUUCACGGCUGACUACACAGAGCCGCAGUCAGCCGGGUGGUUGUCCUCGCUCACGAACAUCGUGGGCAACAUGUUCGUGUCUGAGGAGGGUGGGGCCCGCACCCAGCAGAUCAGGGCCAACAAUGCUAUGCUGGUGGCACUGUACGAAGCAGUGCACCUGAACCGCAACUUCAUAACGACGCUGGCGCACACGCAGACGGACUCGAGCGUUCCUCCGAGCCCCAGCAACACGCUCAGCACCUCGCAGCCCACGCCGAACCUCUCCCUGCCCCCGCCGGACAUCAUCUCUCAGCCGUCGAACCUCCUCGUCACGUUCUUCCAGUACUGCUCGAUCGUGAUGCAAGACACGAAGUCGGAGGCGAGCAUCAGCAACGUGAAGCUGUGCUUCCUGAUCCUGACGUGCGUGGCAGAGGACCAGUACGCCAACUCGCUGAUGCACGACGUCAACCUGGUGUUCAAGGUGCAGCUGCACCGGCUCCCCAUGAGGCACCGCAAGCUGGCGCCGGACAAGCUGGCUCCGUCGCAGCCGCUGGCGGCCACCCUGCUCGAUCUGCUAGUUGAGUUCCUUAUGAGCCACAUGAUGAAGAAAUUGCCUAUGGAGUUGUACCUCCAUUGCUUGGGCGUCGUGCAUAGGGUACUGUGCUACCAGAAGAAGUGCCGUGUCCGGCUCAACUAUCAGUGGAAGGAGUUGUGGACAGCUCUCAUCUCUCUCCUCAAGUUUCUGCUGGCCAACGAGAAUCACUUGGCUCGCAAAAUGAACAUCUUCAACCUUGCACUGCAGGUGCUGAACCUAUUCAACCUGUUCAUCACGUACGGCGAUACAUUCCUGCCAUCACCUGGCAGCUAUGACGAGCUUUACUACGAACUGAUCAGAAUGAAUCAGGUUUUUGACAACUUAUAUUCUAUGGCAAUGCGGUACUCAACAAAUGAUGGAGAGUUCAAAGAGAAUGCAUUGAAACUCAUAAACAGUCUGAUCAAUGUCAGAGCUAUCAUCAAUCACUUUUCUCCGAAGAUCGAAGCAUGGUUGGCCAGCCAGGCAUUAUCAACACCUUCAGAAGAUCAGAUUCUGGAAGUGGUGCGCAAGAACUACGACAGUCUGACCCUCAAGCUACACGACAGCCUGGAUCAGUAUGAGCGUUACGCUGAAAAACCUCGCCAUGCUGCCUUCUUCACUGCCAUGGUUCGCAGCAUGGUGGCAGACACCAGGCAAAGUAUUGACUUUGCUACCCUAGAUCUUCAAGUCAUCUUACAGGAGUUCUCCACAAUAUCUUGAAGAUAGACUGAACUGUUUGAAUGAGUUGUGUGUACAAAGUUUUUUUUGUAUGUACAUAUGUACAUUUAUUUGUUAGGGAUGGGGAUUGCCAUGUGUAGUGCCAUCUUGCACAUCACAUUAUUUUGAGAAUUUACUGCGAGUUAUUUAAAUAAAGAAUUUGAAAACA